AUGGCUAAAGAAAUUUUUAAAAAACAAAAACCUCAUAUAAAUAUAGGAACAAUUGGACAUGUAGAUCAUGGAAAAACUACUUUAACUGCUGCUAUUACUUAUGUAUUAGCUAAAAAUAAUCAAGCAAAACUUAAAACUUACAAAGAAAUUGAUUGUGCUCCUGAAGAAAUAGCUAGAGGAAUUACAAUUAAAACUUCACAUAUUGAAUAUGAAACUGCUGUAAGACAUUAUGCUCAUAUUGAUUGUCCUGGACAUGCUGAUUAUAUUAAGAAUAUGAUUACUGGAGCCGCACAAAUGGAUGGAGCAAUCUUAGUAGUAUCUGCUGUAGAUGGGCCAAUGCCACAAACUAAAGAACAUUUAUUAUUAGCUAAACAAAUAGGUAUUUCAAAUAUUAUUGUAUUUCUAAAUAAAAUAGAUUUAAUAGACGAUAACGAAAUUUUAGAGUUAGUAGAAUUAGAAACUCGUGAAUUAUUAGAUAAAUAUAAUUUUUCAUCAGAUACACCUAUUAUUACUGGUUCUGCUUUAAAAGCUUUAGAUAAUAAUUUAACAUCAAAUAUUUGGGUAGAUAAAAUUUAUGAAUUAUUAACAGCUUUAGAUUCAUAUAUCCCUUUACCAAAAAGAGAUUUAGAUAAACCUUUUCUUUUAGCUAUUGAAGAUAUAUUUUCAAUUACAGGAAGAGGUACAGUAGUUACUGGAAAAAUUGAAAGAGGUUCUAUUAAAUUAGGCGAUACAGUAACAAUGUUAGGUUUUAAUAUUUCUAAAAAUGUAGUAGUUAUAGGAUUAGAAAUGUUUCAAAAAACCUUAGAAAUAGGUGAAGCUGGAGACAAUGUAGGUAUUUUAUUAAGAGGUAUUCAAAAAACUGAAGUAAAACGUGGUAUGAUUUUAUCAAAACCUUUAACUAUGACUCUUCAUUCUAUAUUUCAAGCAGAUGUAUAUAUUUUAACUGUAGCUGAAGGUGGUAGAGAAAAACCUAUUUUUGAAGGAUAUUGCCCUCAAUUUUAUUUAUAUACGAUAAAUAUUACAGGUUCAAUAAAAUUUUCUUCAGAAACAAAAGAAACUGGUACAAAAAUGAUUCUUCCUGGAGAUAGAGUUAAAUUAAAUGUUACAUUAAUUUAUUCUAUUGCAAUGGAAAAAGGUAUGAGAUUUGCUAUUAGAGAAGGAGGUCGUACUAUAGGAGCAGGUAUAAUUACUGAUAUUAUAAAAUAA